AUGCAAAGUGCCGCCGUAGCACGAGGCACCGGCUACGUCUCCAGCAUCUUGCCGGUCCAGCCCAAGCAAACGUUGAAAGGAGCACAAACGCAGGUUUCUGCCACUUUGCGGCUGCUCGCAUCUGCUGAACGCACGCACCUGGGCGAUGCCAAGCCCUUGCAUGUCGUCAUUUCCGUGUUGCAAGACUCGGAUGAGCUGUUCACCCGGAACAAGCGCAGGAAGUACUCAUCUGCUCGUAUCGAAGUGCUUGAGAUCACGUCGCCAAUAGAUUCCGCAUCUCCCACGUCUGCAUGUCAAACCCAGGGAAGCCGACAUGUGGCGUCAUCCAGCUUCGGUGCGCAGCGUGAAGUUCUACUACCGGUCGAAAUGAAAGCAGGUACACACUACUUGGUGAUUGUCCACUGGUUGCAAGCGUCACCAGUGAGCAGCUGGAACCGCGAGGGCACAUUGCGAGUGUACGCCCCGUGUCCUGCAAGGCUUGAGUACGGCCCGGGGGCAUCCAUGGCAGCUCAGCGAGAGGCCUACGAAGCAGCCGCCAUGGGACCACGCGGUGCUUGUCUCAAGGAGGAACAAGGCGCUCAGCUGCGCUGCUGGAGUGACCGUGAGUCUGGGACUAUUGCUCUUUGCUUUGAUGCCUCGAGCGCCCCAGCCGGGCUGCUGGCAUCUCUGACGUGGAGAUUGCAGAACGCCUUGCUUCAGCCCAACUUCCCAAGCUGGGAGGGAAGCAUUCCAGUGGCUGGUGAUGAGCAACAUACGCAGCUUGUGGACCUGAAGCCCGGACAGCGUCAGCUCACAGUUGUGUCGUGGCUUGAUCCCUCGAAGUCGUUCUCGGCGAACUACUCCUGGCAAGCAACAGCAGACCCAUGCUCAGAAUGUCGUGCUCCCGUCGGCACCAGAGUGCCGGGCCGCUUCUCUGGAGCUUACAGAGUGCUGAGCCAGAGCGAUCCGGGAGGGCCAGCCACUCUGCAUGAGGAGUGCUUCGAAAAGUUCAUGAUGCGAGCUGCCCCGAGAUGCUUGCAGUGUUCUGAAGCUAUCGUGCGCAUGCCCGGCCGAUUUUCAGGACAGUUCUUUGCUUACACCGCGAACCAGCUUGGCAAUCACGCAGCAGGCCAGGUCCAUUCCGAGUGCCACGAGGCGUUUCAGAAGAAGUUUGCGAAGCCCAGAUUUGCUUACACUGCGGCCUGCACUGGUCUCAGAAACCCCGGCCGGGCAUUCGGGGAGCCCGGAAUUACAGUGCACCGCGACACCCAGAGGCCGGUGAUGCAGUUGGCCGGCCAGUUCAGUGGGAAGCAUUUCAACUACAAGGCAGGCCGCAGGGCGGCGCCCGCAUCCCGCAACUCCACUACUCAGCAGUUGCCGGCAGCAGCAUUGCUUUUCAGUCAGGAUGCACAUUUUGGGAAGCACGGUGCGAUGCUCGGAGCGGACAAGAGGAGUGUGAGCGGCGCAGUGAAGCUGAUGGGUCGAGGCAACGGACCUGUCCACGAGGCAGGAAACUGGAAGCUUUUCAAGUCGCCUCAAUGGGAAACGUGUGCAGUGCCAGUGCAGGAAUGUCACCUGUCCUUCCUGCGGAAGUGGAUACAUUUCACAAGCUCUGAGGCAAGAACGCUGCGCAAGGCCGUGGAGCAACACUUCCAGGCGAAGCCGAAGCCAGCCACCAAAGACUGGGCUGGUACUGGCGUCGCCCAGAAGUUGCAGAAGAGGGUCCUUGCUUCAGAGCACCUCGCUCGUCUGCUGAUGCAGCGCGUUGAAGGAACGGAGCUGCUGAUUCGAAGAGUGAAUCAGUCCUUGUUCCUGCUCACACGGGACCAGGAGUCGUUGAAAGUUCCUACAGAGAUCUGCGAGAGGAGGCUGCUUCUUCGGAGCCAGCGGCCGGAAGAGGAGAACGUUGAGGAUGACUUCCAGCUGGCCUUGGAGCGGGAAGAGCGUGUUCUCUCAUCCAGCAGCAGACACCUUGGUAGCUACAUCGAUGCUGGCGAAAAGUUGCUUGAUGCUCUGAUGGUGCGACCAUCAGCGCAUUCCGCCGCAAAAGACGAACUGGUGGCAGACAUGCAGUUCAAGAAGCAUGCACUGCGUUUGGAGAAAUCGGCGCUGCAAUUUGACCCUUAUCACGGACGAGACCGGGCAUGUGUGCUGCCAAUGGUGGCCGAAAAGGCAAAGGCUGGGAAGCCCGAAGCCUGGUGA